AUGACGCGACGGGUGGAGUACAUCGGGCCCGUGGUGAACGCGGCAGCGCGCAUCACGGCCAUGACCCACGGCGGCCAGAUCGUGAUGAGCCACGCUGUUCACGCCAAGGUCAAGGACGCCGACACCAUGACCAAGCGUUUGGUGCACCUGGGCAAGUUCGAGAUGCCCGACGCUCCCGCCGGUGCCAAGCUUUACGAGCUGAAGGUGGAAGGCCUCGAGGGUCGUUUCUUUGGCGGCGUGACCAAGGACGGCGACACGACGUCGUCGACCCCUCCCCACAGCGGAGACGGCGCUUCGGACGACGGCAAGGACAAGGCCGUGGAGCCCAACGAGAUGAGCGGCAUGUCGACGGCCAGCAGCGACGGAGGCCGGGGCCGCGGGGGCGAGCUGCAGACGGCGGUGGGCGAGGGCAUGAUGUUCAAGGAGGACACCUUCCUCACGUCGGCCAACCUGUGCCGCUGGAUCAUCGACUUCCACGAGAUCCAGGUGGGCAAGCAGGUGGGCCUCGGCUCCUACGGCGUGGUCUACCGCGGCAAGUGGAAGGGCGUCGAGGUGGCGGUCAAGCGGUUCAUCAAGCAGAAGCUCGACGAGCGGCGCAUGCUCGAGUUCCGCGCGGAGAUGGCCUUCCUGUCGGAGCUCCACCACCCCAACAUCGUCCUCUUCAUCGGGGCGUGCGUGAAGAAGCCGAACCUGUGCAUUGUGACCGAGUUCAUGAAGCAGGGCUCGCUCAAGGACAUCCUGGCCAACAACACCAUCAAGCUGGCCUGGAAGCACAAGCUCCGUCUGCUGCGGUCGGCCGCGCUGGGCAUCAACUAUCUCCACUCGCUCCACCCGGUCAUCGUGCACCGCGACCUCAAGCCCUCCAACCUUCUCGUGGACGAGAACAUGAACGUGAAGGUGGCCGACUUCGGGUUCGCGCGCAUCAAGGAGGAGAACGCCACCAUGACCCGCUGCGGCACGCCCUGCUGGACGGCGCCCGAGGUGCUGCGCGGCGAGAAGUACGACGAGCGCGCCGACGUGUUCUCGUUCGGCAUCAUCAUGUGGCAGGUGGCCACGCGCAAGGAGCCCUACGCUGGGCGCAACUUCAUGGGCGUGUCGCUCGACGUGCUCGAGGGCAAGCGACCCCAGAUCCCCAACGACUGCCCGCCCGAGUUCAAGAAGGUGAUGAAGAAGUGCUGGCACGCCAGCGCCGACAAGCGGCCCACGCUCGAGGACGUGGUGACCUUCCUCGACCAGCAGGUGGGCGACGACAACGACUCCUCAGCCGCCCAGCUCGGUAUCUAG